AUGAGCGGCUUCGAGCUACCGGGCAUGACGCGCCCGCGGGGGUCGUCGGCCGCCAGCGACGACAGCGCGGGCACGGUGCGAGAACAAGAGCUGGGGAGCAUGUACGAUUACCUGGCAAAGAUAAUAUUGGUAGGACCGAGUGGGACAGGCAAAUCCUGUCUCCUACAUCGCUUCGUCAAAAAUGAGUGGCAGGUCCUUGCCUCGUCGACUCUAGGCGUAGAGUUUGCAACCAAAAUCGUCAAAGUCGGCUCGGGGUCACGGAGGCGGCGGAUAAAGCUGCAGCUCUGGGACACGGCAGGAACAGAACGCUUCCGAUCAGUAUCACGAUCCUACUACCGCGGCGCGGCGGGGGUGGUGCUCAUCUACGACGUGACGUCGUACUCGUCGUUCCGCGACCUGCAGCCGUUCCUCAACGACGCGCGGGCGAUCGCGUCGCGCAACCUCUCGCUGCUGCUGGUCGGCAACAAGCUCGACAUCUCGGGCGACCCGCUCGUCGACACGGGCGUGCCGCCCCCCACCCCCGGCGGGAGCAUCAGCUCGUCCACCGCCCCCUCGUACGCCAGCACCCCCGUCCCGUCGUCGUCUUACUCGUCCACCUCCACCAUCCAUCCGGGCUUCGGCGCCCAGCUGCGCGCUACUGUUGCACCUGACGGCCGCGAGGUCUCCACCGCUGAGGCGAGUCGUUGGGCUAGCACCGUGCAGAUCCCCGUCACGAUGGAAGUCAGUGCCCGCAGUGGCGAGGGCGUGGAUGAGGUUUUUGGGCGCCUGGCGAGGAUGAUUCUGACCAAGAUUGAGCUGGGCGAGAUCGACCCCGAUGAUUUGGAGAGUGGGGUCCAGUAUGGGGAUUCCGGCGCGAUGUGGAAUACCGAGGCCAGCGACGGGGGCAGUAUCAAGAGCACGAUGACAGGGGAUGAUGUUGGGCGGAGGAGGAGAAAGGGGAGAGGGGCUGGGCAGGGGUUGAGGGAGUGGGAGGAGGUGUUUACAUUGACCGCGAGGAGGCGGAAUCGGGGGUGUUGUUGA